AUGAUAAGCUUUGAGGAUUAAUACAUUAUUUCAGAAUAAAAAUUAGGAGAAGGAGGCUUUGGAACUGUUUAUUAAGGUAUAGAUGUCAUAAACUAGAAAUUUGUAGCUUGUAAAGCUGUCUCAAUAGCAAAGCUUGCUUAAAUACCUAAGCUUGUGGAGUUAUUUGCUCAAGAAAUAGCUUUACAGUAAAAGUUAAAGUCUCCUUUCACUGUUGAGCUCUAUAAAGUUUAUAAAUGCUAAGAUCAUUUCUAUUUGAUACUUGAAUUUUGCGAAGGCGGAGAUCUAUCGUAAUAUGUUAAAAAAAAUGGACCUUUACCAGAGCAAAAAGCAAUAGGUUUUCUUAUGCAGAUAUUAGCAGGUUUCAGAGUAUUGCAUUAAAACUCCAUCAUCCACAGAGAUUUAAAGCCUGCAAAUAUAUUGAUGAGUGGCAAUGUUUUGAAGAUUGCAGAUUUUGGAGCAGCCAGAACGGUUGAUUUAGAAAAUUAAGCUGCUACUAAGAUAGGAACUCCUCUUUUCUUAGCACCUGAAAUCCAAGAAGAUAAAGAAUAUGGUUUUGAAGUAGAUAUCUAUAGUUUAGGAGUUUUACUCUAUUUCAUGCUCUUUAAUGAUUACCCAUUUGGUGGGUCUGGCAUUUAGCUCUAUAAUAAUAUGAAGAGUGAAAAGAUAGAUUUCAAGAAAAAUGGAGUCGUUAUUUCAAGCUAGUUAAAGGACUUGAUAGUGAGACUUCUCAAGUAUGAUAGAGAGCAAAGAAUUACUUGGGCUUAAAUUUACUAACACCCAAUUGUUAGUAAAAACUUAAAAAAUGAUAACAUAUCUGCUGAAAUCAUUUUAGCUCCUUAAGCCUCAGACAUUAAAAUGUAUUAGGACCCAAAGUUUAGUAAUAAAAAAGGUUCUUUAGAUAAAAAACCAUAAGGUGGUUAGUUUAUUCCAGAAUAAAAAUAACCUCAAAAGGUAGAUCCUUAUGUAGAAGCUUAAAAACGUUAGGUAAUUGAAGAGAAAAAAAAGCUUGCUUUAGAAAUAGUUUCAGCUAUUUAAAAAUAUGUGCAUAAGAAAAAUGUUUAUGGAGUAUUGUUGGUUUUAGCUAUUUCGUUUUCAAAAUUGUAAAAGUUAGGAAUUAAUUAUCAAAUUCCUGCUUAUUUAGUACAAAAAAAACUCAGAGCACUGAAUCAAGAAAUGCUUUAAGCUAUUGUUCAGAAAAAGAAUAUUUUUAAUUUAAGCUGCUUUAACAUUUUUUGCAAAACUGAGUAUUACACAAAAAUUGAAGACUUGGUUAAAGGAGACUCUGUAUAAAUUGAAAAUUACAUGAGUUCCACUUAACAAGCUGCGCUUUAAAGUAUGGCAAAGCUAGGCUUAAAUAAUUAAAGUUUAAGAGAUGAAAUUAAUUAAAUAGAAUUAAGCCCUCGUUUUAAUGAGCAUUUAAUUGGAUCACUAAUGAGUUAUGCAGAGGGCUUAAAAAAGAUAAUGUUUUAAGCUUAAGAUAAAGAUGUUAAACUAGCCCUUUUCUUCAAUAUUGCACUUGCUUAUGAAUCUUGCUGUAUAGAAAAACUCUUUAAGGAUUAAAACUUCGAUUUUGAAAAGCACAAAGUACAAUUAUUAUAGACUUCUCCUGAUUAAUUUGGAAAAAUAUUAGAACAAAAAUGUGCUCAAAUUUUUGAUUGA